UCUCUCUCUCUCUCUCACACUCGACGACUGACAGUCUUUGAGACCGAUCGACGACGACUGACGGGUAUUCCUCUUCCACUGACCUGUAUAUCCUAUCUCUUGAUCGAGGACAACAUCUCUUGAAGACGAAGAGCAUCCUAUCGGGGGAAUGAGUACGGGUACGGAAAGUAUGGGCUCAACGGGUGGAAGUGGCAGUGGAAGUGGUAGCGCCACUCAAGAUGAUAAUGCUACUCUUUGGGGUUAUGUUACUAAACUAAAUGGGGGAUAAAGGUGGAAAUACUAGAUUCCAAUGCAAUUUUUGUCAGAAUGAGUAUAGUGGAUCAUAUUCUCGUGUUAAGGCACAUUUAUUGAAAAUUUCUGGUCAUGGAGUUAAAGUGUGCAAAAAAGUGACUCCCCAAAAUCUUAUUCAGAUGCAAAGGGUAAUUGAAGAAGCAGAUAAUGGGUUAAAUUGACCAUGCCAAAGAAAGUUUCAUUGCCACCUUCCUCUUUCCCGGCCCCUAUAACUAGGAGUAUGGGAAUAUCAGAAACUGGAACACUUAGAAUGGAAGGUUUUGAGCCAAGAAAAAAAAAGGCGACUGGAACUAGUGCUUUGGAGAAAGCUUUUAACUUGGGUACUCGGGAAGAAUUGAACUCUCACAUUGCACGAAUGUUUUAUUCAGGUGGCUUGCCUUUUCAUUUAGCUAGGAACCCAUAUUACGCAAGUUCUUAUACAUUUGCUGCCACUAAUUUGAUUACGGGUUAUGUACCACUUGGUUACAAUGCAUUGAGGAUCAUACUACUUCAAAAGAAAGGGCACAAGUAGAAAGGUUGUUGGAGCCAACUAAAUUGUUAUGGAAGGAAAAGGGAGUGAGCAUUGUUACAGAUGGGUGGACUGAUUCCCAAAGAAGGCCUCUUAUCAAUUUCAUGGCUGCAUCAGAAUCUGGGGCAAUGUUCUUGAAAGCUGUCGACUGCGAGGGUGAAAUCAAAGAUAAAUUUUUUAUUGCGAACUUAAUCAAUCAAGUAAUUACAGAAGUUGGACCUCAAAACAUGGUUCAAGUAAUUACUGAUAAUGCUCCUGUUUGUGCUUCUGCUGGAUUAAUCAUUCAAAAUGAGUUCCAACAUAUCUUUUGGACCCCAUGUGUAGUGCACACAUUGAAUCUUGCCCUUAAGAAUAUUUGUGCAGCAAAAAAUCUUGAGAAGAAUGCAGUUACUUAUGAGGAAUGCCACUGGAUUACAAAAGUUGUUGGAGAUUUAGUAACUAUCAAAAACUUCAUCAUGAAUCAUUCUUUGAGGUUGUUUAUCUUUAAUGAGUUUGUGCCUUUGAAGUUGCUUGUUGUUGCAGAUACUCGUUUUGCAUCUGCUAUUGUAAUGAUGAAAAGAUUUAAACUCAUCAAGUGUGGUCUUCAAGCAAUGGUAAUUAGUGAGAAAUGGUCUUCUUACAAAGAAGAUGAUGUUGUGAAAGCGGCAUUUGUGAAAGAAAACAUCUUGAGUGACAUUUGGUGGGAUAAGAUAGACUAUAUACUUUCUUUCACAUUACCCAUUUAUGAGAUGUUGAGGAUUUGCGAUACAGACAUACCAUGUCUUCAUUUGGUUUAUGAAAUGUGGGACACAAUGAUUGAAAAGGUGAAGACAGCUAUAUAUAGGCAUGAAGGAAGCCAGAUAAUGCAAGGUCAAUCUUUUAUGAUGUGGUACAUAAAGUUCUAGUUGAGAGAUGGGCUAAAAGUAACACACCUCUUCAUUGUCUUGCAUAUUCCUUAAAUCCAAGGUAUUAUAGUGCACAGUGGCUAAAUGAAAAUCUCAAUCGCGUUCCUCCUCACAAGGACGAAGAUAUUUCAUCUAUGAGAAAUAAAUGCUUUCACAGGUACUUCCCAAAUCCACAAGAGAGAAUGAAGGCUAAUACUGAGUAUGCUAAGUUCUCUAGUUGUUUGGAUCAAUUUGGAGAGCACGACUCAAGAA